AUGUCGUCGCGGAAACGUUUCUCGCUGCGGGUGCUGCUCGUAUUCCUCCUCGUGUUAUUGUUCCUCGCCGGCGCAACCAACACGCUUCUGCAGCAUCCGGCGCGAUCUCCCGUAAACUGCUACGUACCCGCAGUCCACGGAACGGAAGAACAGGGGCCCAAGAAGCAGACGUCGGUCGGCAAGGCUCUGUCGAGGGGCAUCGUGCACGGUACGUCCAGCCUCGAGAUGGUGUCCAUGGUCGGCGACCCAGAGCAGCAGCACGGUGGCAGGCCGUCCUUAUAUGUGGGCGAAUUCCAACAGUCCUCGAAGAGCCUCGUAGCAAUCCCGGUGGGCAUCAAGAACAAGGCCGCCGUGGACAAGCUCGUCUCCAAGUUCCCGGCCGACAGAUUCACGCUGAUGGUCUUCCACUACGACGGCGCCGGGGAGGAGCAGUGGGAUGACCUCGAGUGGUCGCGCAGCGCGGUGCACGUAUCGGCGCGCGGCCAGACCAAGUGGUGGUUCGCCAAGCGGUUCCUGCACCCGGACAUUGUUGCCGAGUACGACUACGUCUUCCUGUGGGACGAGGACGUUGAGGUGGACGCCUUCGACCCUGUCCGGUACCUCGACAUCGUCAAUAGAGAAGGGCUCGAGGUAUCUCAGACGGCACUCGACCGCCGGUCCGAGAUCCACCAUGGCAUCACGGCGCGUGCACAGCUGAGGCCCGGUGUCCAAGGAGGGGGCGACGUGCACCGGAGGUUCUGCACAGCUUCGGCCUUGGGAGGAGGAGGGUGCGACGACAUCAGCUCGGGGCCGCCGUGCGCGGGGUGGGUGGAGAUGAUGGUGCCAGUGUUCUCCCGCGCGGCGUGGCGCUGCAGCUGGGGCAUGGUCCAGAACGACCUCGUGCACGCCUGGGGCCUCGACUACAAGCUCGGCUACUGUGCUCAGGGUGACAGGACGCUCAAGGUUGGCGUCGUGGACAGCGAGUACGUCCUACACAGGGGAGUCCCUACGCUCGGUGGCACCGAGGGCAAUGUCGCGGCUUUUCGGUCCGCGGUGAGGAGGCGAUCGCAUGCUGAGAUGCAGAUUUUCGACAGGAGAUGGAAGGAAGCUGCAGCCAACGACGUGUCAUGGACAGACCCUUACCAGUAA